AUGUUGUCUCCCCUGAGGCCGUCAGUGCCAUCUGCCACAUUGCUGCGCUUUCUGCGCUCACAGUCUGGCUUUGUGGCUGGCGCUUCGGUAUGCGUGCGAUCACAGUCUCGGGCUUUAAGCCACGAGGCUGUCGCGACCGGAUCAUUGCGUAGAUCCUCGAGCUGGACAUGCUCUGGCAGGUCGGAGGUCUACCCAUCACAAAAUACUGGCCUUGUCAGCCCUUCCGGUGCAAGGCCGAAGCCAGCAGUGCCAUCUUCUAUCUCCAAGCAGCUCAUUAUCACCCGACACACCUCCACAAGCCGUCGGCCAUUCCUCAAACGCCUUUUUGACUUUCAGCGAACCAAAAGUGCCGAGUACCAGAAAGCGCGCAAUCUUGGACCGACGUUGAUUGACGAUGGAGAGGGCAUCUUCAACAUUGGCCGUGGGCUAGCGGCCAAGGCCUCCAACGAACUGCGGAUUCGAUGCACGGAAUUCGACAUGAAUGGGGACGUCACACUGGUAAACGGGGAGUUUCGAAAAUCAGAGUUGAUUGCGAAGUACGGCCUGCUUCCUCGAGAUCUCCGCAAGAUUGAUUCCUCCACAUUGCCUCAUAUCCUGGUCAGACCGCGCGCUAUCUUGAUCAACCUGCUACAUCUCCGGGUCUUGAUCAAGGCAGAUCGGGUGCUUGUCUUCGAUGCAUAUGGAUCCCAGGACUCAUACAUGCAGUCGCUAUUCAUCUACGAUCUAGAAGGGAAACUCCGCCACAAACAACCACAAGGAACACAGGCUGGUCAAGCACUGCCUUAUGAGUUCCGCGCACUUGAGGCUGUCCUUAUCAGUGUCACGACUGGGCUAGAGGAAGAGUUCAACGGAGUCAGGGAACCCGUCGUUCGGGUUCUCCGCGCGCUCGAGGAGGAUAUCGAUCGCGACAAGUUGCGACAUCUCCUGAUUUACUCAAAGAAGUUGGGUACCUUUGAGCAGAAGGCACGCCUAGUACGAGAUGCCAUUGAUGACCUGCUCGAAGCGGACGAUGACCUUGCCGCAAUGUACCUGACCGAAAGAUUGACUGGCAAGGAACGGGAUGAAGAUGACCACCAGGAAGUUGAAAUGCUGCUGGAGUCUUACCACAAGGUCUGUGACGAAAUUGUACAGGCCAGUGGCAACCUGGUGACCAACAUUCGCAACACGGAAGAAGUGGUCAAAGCAAUUCUUGACGCCAAUCGAAACUCGCUCAUGUUGCUGGACUUGAAGUUCAGUAUCGGAACUCUCGCUCUCGCCGCCGGAACCUUGUAUUCUGCUCUUUACGGAAUGAACUUGAAGAACUUCAUUGAAGAAUCCGACUUUGGUUUCGGUGGCGUUUCGGCCAUAUGCUUCGCCAUUACUGGAGUUGUUUCUAUCUAUGGUCUUGCCAAACUACGAAAGCUUCAGCGCGUUCGCAUGUGGGGUGAGUCUGGCGUCGGGGGCACGUCUCUGACGCCACUGACUUCCAGAAGUGCAAAGAAAAAUACCCGCACCAACUGGCGCGCCGAUUCCAUUGAACCGGUCUGGGGCAGUCUUCCAGGCGAAGCGAGAUCCGAGCGUAUUCGCAGACUUCGUGAAAACGCUGCCACCGGUGCUGCCAAUGCUGCUUCCCGAGCUCCUGGUGCCUCGAACGAUAUACUGCAAAGGGCACAACCUCAACCACGUGUGAAGAAAGAUGGUAGCUCUUAA